GAUUAUAACGUGUGAGUUUAUGAUUGCGACAGUUGUGAGAAUGCCGCUGCUAGGCAACUGCUAGCAUCUAGAUGUCAGAGAGCUAACAGUUUAGCUGGCUAGCCGGGUAACUUAACCAACACAUGUUGGUCUGUGGACAUUACAAACAAUACUUAACGUUAGACGAGAGAGCGGAGGUGGAGAAAUGGUUGGACUUGUACACUGCAUGCCCAGUCAGAAACAUCGAGACCAAGAACUCAUGUUUAAAUGUUUACCGAGGAAGCAAUUAAUCAUAAAAAAAAAAAUGCUCUUUAGGCAUAUUUCGCUCUGUGACUAUAACUUACUAAAUAAACAUAAUUUUGGUAUAGAAGUGAACUUAAGACGUACAUUUAAGACAAAUUUACACUUACUGAAGUAAUCAAGAGAGAAGUAAAUUGUUGCGAAGUGUCGCCCUCUGUUGGUCAUUAAAAAUAAUACAAGUUAGGGCACUUCCGCAUCGACUUAACCAUCAAGUCAGUAAUUUUAUAUCCAGCAGGAAUAUCUGUGCUUUUCUUAUAGGUCCGCUGUUAAUAUUUUUCUAAUAAAACUAAAGAGUUUUGGGAUUGAUUAAUGGGAUUAAUUCGGUUUAAUAACUACAGGGGUGGACUUGUUAAUUAAUUUCAUAUUACAAUAAACACGAAUUGCUAAGUCAGAAUAGCUAAGAAGCUAACCGAAGCCACACACGCCUUUUUUUUCCAAAUGUCUGCCUUUUACAAAAAUGAUUUAACGUUAAAUUAAAAUGAAUUAAAGCAGCCACAUAAAGUGUUAGUUUGCCAUAUUUGUAGUACUCAGUGGCAUGUCCGGCUUGUUAGCCUGCUAGCUGCCAAUCAAGUGGCAGGUUGCAGCUGUUCUCAAUCCAGACCACGGACACAGGGAUUUCUUGGAGCUACUCCUUCGGCGGGGACCAUCUGACUUUAAACUGAAAAAAAAUCUCUCUAAAUAUUUAUAUAUAUAUACUCCGCGUCGUCCUGGUGACAUGCCACUUGUGGAGGACCCCGUUCAUUUCUCUAAAUCUCGACUCAAGUCAGAUUUAAUUGCCCAUAAUGUCGCGCUGCCACCUGCAGCGAGCAGAAAAGAGGUUUAUGUGCAGCUGCACCUGAACCACAUUCAUCAGAGAAACGCAGCGGACUUCUCCAGCGAUGAGGAGGAUCAAGUAGGAGAUGUGGCAGACGAGCCAGAGGAUCCAGUCGACGCAAAGAUGCCUGACCCGAGCAGUAUGACCGACGACAACCUCAUGGCCACGCUGCUCAAACACGGGGUUCAAGCUGGGCCCAUCGUUGCUUCCACCAGAGCCUUAUAUGAGAAGAAGCUCAGGAAUCUGCUUCAGUCCAAUGGACAUGAGAGAUUGAAUGGAGCCGAGAAAGCUGUCCUGUACUCCGACAGUGAAGAAGAGGAGGAUGACGACGAGGAGGAAAGUGGAGAAGAGGAAGAUGAAAAAUCAAGUUCAGAACCAGAAACACAAGAAACGAUUGAGAAGUUGGAACAGAUACAGCAAAAGAGCAAAAAGGCAAACUUGCAUCGUCAAAAUGAUGGUUUUAAUUACCCACAGUGCUUUUUGCCCUCAUCAAGGCUGCGUGCCUGUCCUUCCAAAAACAAGGAACCUAGUUGCAAGCGGAAUUCAAGGAAUGCAUUAAAAUCAUCGGACCGGAGUCAGCCUCAAUGCUCACAGAUUCCUGCCAGAAUUAGUAGAGCAUCCUCAGUAGAGCAGCACUCAGGAUUAGGGCCAGGGGUCCCAUCUGGAACAAAAUCUGUUAUCUCCAAUGAGUGCGCAUCAUCUUCCCCUCAGGCCUUCAGUAUCAUUCAGAUGGUUGAGGAGAUGGAGAGCCGGAGCUCACUCUCUUCUAGCACAGACGCUGAGAAAGUGUUGAAUGGGAGCAAAGUGCAGGAACAUUGGUCACAGUCCGACAGGCGAGGCAAGCUGAGUGUGGACAAGUACAAAGUGAAGAACCAGUCUGUGUACUACACUCCCAAGGCUUCUCUUCGUAAACUGGGAAUGAAGGAUCCCGUGAAGGAUAUAUUGAAGGACAUGUUUCCAGGGACUGAGACCACACCCACGGGGAUCUACGCAGCUUGUCGAAGACCCAUAAAGGGGGCAGCUAAGAGACCUGUCCAGUAUGAUUAUCCAGACACUCCAGUCAGUCCCUCAACCAUGGAAAGACGAGAGGUGGAGCGCUAUCUCGUACCCAUCCAGAUACAGAUUUUAGUCUUCCUCAUUGUGGCCUGCAUCUUGUAUAUGAUUUAUGUCACCAUUGAGGACACAAGCCCUGUUUUGGCCUUUCUGGACGGUCUUAGCCACAGGCUUUUACUUCAGGCUGAGACACAAGAUGGACAAGUGAUCUCUGGACAGGAUUAAAUUUCCAUUAAUCCUCGACACUGAGUUGCAGAUGUUGACCUUCUCUUGAGAUAUUAAAAGUUUUUCUGCCCAAGUUUUUGUGCUUAAAUGGAAGAUUUACACUUUUAUAUGUUGUCUUUAUGGAUGUUGAUUUCUGUUCCCUAACUAAAACUGUGUAAUGGAAUAAUGCCUUUUCAAUGAUUUAGUGUGACUGUACUUGUAUGUUCUGUUUUUUAAACAUUUGAACUAUAUUUCAAUAAAGGAUGUUUGCUUCAUAAA